AUGAAUCUUGAUGCAGUGUCAACGGCACUUGCUCAAAUUUCAUUUACAAUAAAAAGUUUAUCAAAGAAAAAUUUCAAAAAUUCACUUACCGAAAUAGCUAAUCUCGUAUCAGAACAUGGAUUUGAAGCUGAACGACAUUUAUAUCAAACUUUAAUAUCAUAUCUUGAUUUACAAUCAAUUGAACAAAAUGGUUCAUUAAUAAAACGUUCAGAAAAUAUUCAUUUAAAUUAUUGGUUACAAGAAAUUCCAUCCUUAAUAUCUAAACCAAAUUUUGUAACUUUAAUUUGUUAUGCUUUUGAUACAGCUAUAGCGCAACAAUCACUUAAACUUCCAUCACCACCGUCAAAUGAAUUUUUAACAUCAUUAUGUAAAUUAUUUAAAUUAAAUCGUGCACAAGAACUUAUAUUUGUUUUUGCUUUACAAAAUUCAAUACAUACUGAACUUCAAUUAUUAAUACACGAACAUAUACAACAACGUUUACCUGAAUUCAUUCGAAUUGCAUCCGGUGAUAAUGGUAUGAAUGAAACAGGUUUAAUUGAUCUAUCAACUGAAGUACUUCAUUCACUUUUACUAUUCAUUCAACAAUAUAUAUCAAAUGAUUCAAUAGGACCAUUGAUUAAAAGUGAAGAAUUCGAGAAAUUUCUUGAUGUUCUACGAAAAGAAUAUCCAAGAGAACGAAUAGGAAAUAAUGGUUCUGUAAUACUUCUACCAUUACUCUAUUCAUCUCAUAAUUUAUCAAUAGAUCUCACUUCAAACCAAUUAUUAUCAGAUUCAAAUAAUCUUCCAACAACUGUGUGGCAAAUGGAUGGUUCUCUAGCUGAUGUUAUUCUUGAAAUGGGUUAUAAUUUUACAGCAUGUGUUGAAGAUUGUCGAAAUGCACUGAUUCAUUUUGGUUUACAAGAAUUAAAACCAUCAACAAUUGCUCGAAUGCUUUCCGUUAUGAUUAAAACUCAUUCUGGUCAUAAUGAAAAUACACAUAUCUAUGAUUCUAAUGGUACUGAUAUAAUAAUAAAUAAUGAAAAAAAUUCUUUACAAACAUGGAAUGUUGAUACAUUUGUUCUUGCAAUUAAUGAUUUAGUCCCAACUGUUAAUUGGAAAGAUGUUGUGAAAGAACUUGAUCAGCCCGGUUUUAUUGUACGUGAUCGACAAGCUUUAGUACUUCUUGUUACAGCACUUCGUCGAGCUUUACCAGUUGAACUUUAUAUUGAUUUACUCUAUGGACGUUGGAAUAAUGUAGAAGGACAAUUAUCAUGGAUAGCUCAAGCUACUCGUCAUCCUGAUAUUUUUUGUUUCGGUGAUCAUCCAGCACAUCCUGUUUUAAUUGACUGUCUCAAGCAUCCACUUGAUGAUACAAAAGAAACAUGGACUUGGCGAUCAUUAAAUUUAAUCGAAUGUUUAUUACGUAUUGCUGAUACAGGUUUAUAUUCAACUGUAUUAGAAAUAUUUAGACAUGGAAUACAACGUUCGGGUGAAUUGAUUUUUCUUGGAUUAUUACAACUUCAUACUGUAUGGACAACAUUAAAACAAGAAUUAUUACAAUUAAUCAUUCCAACGUUUCUUGCUAAUAGUGCUAAUGCAAAUCCAUUGCUUAAUUAUAUGUGGAAUUCACAACAUCAUACAACAGCAUUACGUACAACACUUUUAACAUCAUUAGCUGAUUGGUAUAAUCGAGCAAAUGAUAAUGAACAACAACAACGUCUUAGUCGUGUACUUGAAGUUGUACAAGAUUUAAAAACUUUACCAACAUUACUUGGAGCACAACCUAUGACAUUUAUACUUGAUCUUGCUUGUUUAGCAUCAAGACGUGGUUAUUUAAAAUUAGAUAAAUGGUUAUCAGAUAAAUUACGUGAACAUCAAGAAUUAUUUGUUCAAACAACUAUACAAUAUGUACGUAAAAAAGCUCCACAAUUACUUCUUCCACCACCAUUAUCAAAAGAUGAUAUAAAUUUUAAAUCAAUAAUAAAUGCUGAAACAAUAAAUGUUCUAUUAACUGUUCUUCAAUUAGCAUUACCAUUAAUAACAAAUAAUGAACUUAUACAAGAAAUUCAAACAAUGUUAUCAACAGCUAAAAUUCUUAAUACAUUAACAUCAACAACAACAACAACAAUAACAACAACAGGAAAUAUAUUUUCAAAUACAAAUCUUAAUGAACAAACAUUACAAAGACCUAAUUCUAUAUCAUUAUCAUUAAAUCCUCAACAAUUAUAUCAUCAUUCAACAUCAUUUACACCAUCACCUACAAAUCCAUCAAGUGGACUUUCAUUAACAGCUCAACUUCGUUCAUUAUUAAGUAAGCGAAAAUAA